AUGGGCAAGUAUUCUAUUGCAUCUUGUAUAAGUGGAUUGCGCGAGUCUGACCUGGGAAAAAUGACGCUGGGCUUUGGCAAGCACUCUGUCGAGGUCCCCGAGGAAAACCUUUAUACCCUGGUCAAGCUCGUGAGCGUCACGAGUGUUCUGACGCUCGUUGCUGCGGCGUUUUCCAAGACAUCGUUUGCCCUCACCCUCUUGCGACUUACCGACGGGUGGCUGAAAAAAGCGGUAUGGGCCAUCAUCAUCACAUUGAACCUGACGCUUCUUGUCAAUGCCAUCCUGCCCUUUCUGCGAUGCAUUCCGAGUGAAGCGGCGUGGAACCCAAUGGUUCCGGGGACGUGUUUCGAUAUUCUCAUCACUAUCCGCUUUAGCAUCUUUGGUGCAGCCUACUCGGCAGCCAUAGACUGGCUACUUGCGCUGGUUCCAUGGGCGAUUAUUAUGAAGUUGAAUAUGAGAAUAAAUGAGAGGAUUGGUGUUGCAGUCUGCAUAAGCCUAGGAUUGGUGUAA